AGCGAUUCAGUUGCGAACCAAGCGAGCAGCAGCCAGCGAGCAGCGACGGCGGCGGCAGCACAGCGCACACAGCCAGCAGGACGAUGGCCGAUGUUUGGUCGACGGGCAGCUGAUCGCGAUUCGGCCCUUCGACAUGCCCGUGACCCGCAAGGUCCGGCGUGACCACACCGAGGUCAGCUGCUGCCUCAAAUACGUCAUUUUCGGCUCGAACGUCAUCUUCUGGCUGAUUGGUCUGCUGGUCUUGGCCAUCGGCUUUUGGGCAUGGAGCGAAAAAGACACCUUCAGCAACCUCAGCAGACUGGCCAACGUGGCCCUCGACCCUGCAUUCCUGCUCAUCCUCGUAGGGUUGAUGACCUUUGUGAUUGGCUUUACGGGUUGUGUUGGCGCCCUGAGGGAGAAUUCGUGUCUCUUGGCAGCGUACGCCAUAUUCCUGGCCAUAAUUUUACUGCUGGAGAUGACUGCCGGCAUCCUAGGAUUCAUCUUCAAAGACUGGAUCAAGGCACAGGCCACUGGGGGCUUCCAGGCAUUUAUUGUUCACUACAGAGAAGACCCAGACCAACAGAACCUCAUCGACUGGAUCCAGGAGGAUUGGUUGCAAUGCUGUGGUAUUGAAGGGCCAAAGGACUGGGACAAAAACAACUACUUUAAUUGCUCGUCCCGCGAAGUCGGAAGUAGAGAAGCCUGUGGUGUGCCAUUUUCUUGCUGCAAACCAAAACCGAAUGAGAUAAUAAAAAAUAAGCAGUGCGGCUAUGACGUCCGGAAACCAGGAUAUUCGACCGAGCGGCACAUUUUUGAGCGCGGGUGUCUGCGCACGGGUGAGGAGUGGCUCGAGGCCAACCUGGUGGUGGUGUGCGGCGUGGCAGUCGGUCUCGCAAUCACGCAGGUAACUAAGCCCCCUUUCUCUUCUCUCCAGUUUGAUGGGACGGCCAUAUUCGAGCGCGGCUGUCUGCACGCGGCCGAGGACUGGCUUGAUCGAAACCUGAUCACUGUUGCUGUGGUGGCCACCACCACUUGCUUCUCUCAGAUCUUGGGCAUCUGCUUCGCGCAGAACUUGCGUGCCGACAUCUUCGCCCAGAAGGCCAAGUGGCACUGACAUUCGAGGGCCCCCACUGCUGUUUAGCCCCGGCGAGCGCCAUGGGGCAGUGAGCGGCCCCUGUUGCCGUGCACAGGAGCCGACCUGCAGUGAGGGCCCGAAACCACCCCGCAUCUGGACCUUCAGCGUCCAGAAAGACUUUAAUUACUGUGAACA